AUGGUCAAGAUUAUUAUCACUGUAAAACUUCGGCAAGAAAGUAAGGCUUUGCCCGGGCAGAACGAGCACGGGCACGGUGCACUGGCGUACGGCGGCAAGCAGGUGGGCGUGGCGCAGGCGCGUCCCGCCGCCCCAUACGCACCUAACUAUGCGCCCGCGCAGCUGCGACUGCAUCAGGCCUCCUACGGCUCCGCUCCGCUAUACAGCUAUGGGCGAGCGUCUGGGGAGUACCGGACGGGCGCGCGAAUGUCGCUGCUGGGCUCGGCCUACCUGCCACCGCCGGUUCAGCCUGCCCACCAUCCACCGCCCGCUGAUCCUCCACCAUUCAAGAAGAUCCGCCUCACCGCAGACCACCAUCCUCAACAGCUUAGAGUCGAUACGAGGGAGCCCGUUAUGAACUCAUAUAGCACGGUGGAGGUGCUGUCGCCCAAUCCGCCCUCGGAGCCAACCAUCGAAGAUCAGAACUUUCGUACCACCAAGGAUGACUUGUUGCAGCAAAUAUCUAAGGUGGAUAGAGAGAUGGCGCUGUCGGAAACGACACUAGCGAAGCUGAAGAAGAAGCAAGAAGAGUUAGAGCAAUCAGCUUCGAAACCGGCAGCCGCUGCGGAGCCCGAGGAAGCGCCGCCCCGACACCGAUCCCUCGCGCAGUGCAUCUAUGCCGAUAAUAGGAAACGGGCGGCGGCAGGUCACGCGGCAUUGGCACACCUCGGUCCGGCGGUGACGUACCCGUUGUACAAUCAGCCGCAGGACACGCUCGUUUAUCAUGAAAACAUAAGGCGACAUAAAACCUUCCGGAAACGAUUAUCUUUGCAUCUGAAUAAUUUGAGAGUGGAGGCUGAGAAGAGAGAAGAUGCCUUAGCGGAAGUGUAUAGCCGCCGCGCAGCAGAAUGGAUGCGACGAGUAGAACGCAUUGAACAAGGACAGAAGAGAAAAAUUAAAGACGCAAGGAAUAGGGAGUUCUUUGAAAAGGUGUUCCCGGAGCUACGAAAACAGCGGGAAGAGCGCGAGCGGUUGUUAAGACUGGGCGCCAGAGUCAAGUCUGAGGCGGAAUUAGAAGAAAUCGCGGACGGGCUACACGAGCAGGAACAUGAAGACAAGAAAAUGCGGUCCUUAACCGUUGUACCGCCGUUAUUACGAGAUCCAAGCCUACCCCGGUUACCCCUUGACGUAAACCAGCGUAAAAUCGAUAUGGAGACUGAACAUAAAGAGCUGCAACUGCGAAAUGUAUGGUCCCCAGUCGAAAAGGACCUCUUCAGAGACAAAUUUCUACAGCACCCUAAGAACUUUGGCCAGAUCUCCUCCUUCCUACCCCGCAAGACCGUUCGGGAUUGCGUUAGAUUCUACUACCUAUCAAAGAAGGCAGAGAACUACAAGCAGUUACUCCGUAAGCCACGUCCAAGAAGACACGCGAGGCCUCGGCCACCACCCGAGCCAGAACUGAUCCAUGCUUCCAGUGGGGUUACAACGCGUCUUCAACGAUCGCAGGGGACUAGGGUAGCUGAUAAGGACACCACCAGUCUGGAAGAAGCAGUUGUGGCCGAUAUCAAUGGCAUCCCUAUGCCUCCCCAAGCACCUCCCUCUGCGCAUCCCUCCAGGUCGGAACUUAGUCGAACGCCUCCCUUGCCACCGUCACCUCCGCUGGCGUCGUCGGCACCACCAGCCGUCAGCAUCGGGAUGACGACACCGUUGCCUUCGCUGGAACAGUCAUCCACAACACCGAGCCUGAUGGGGGCGGACGGCGAGGCUGGGCAAAGCGAGUCGGUGUGUGUCAGCGCCAUCAGCUUGCCCCCAGGCAGUCCCACGGCUCCCGAACCCACGCCGCCACCCGUCGACGCCGUCCUACCAACGGGAGACACCACCUCUGUUAUUACGACCACGUCGAGUCAAGUGGCAAGCAUAAGCAUGUCUGGUGGCGCAAACGCAGGCAGCCAACCGCCCACCCCGCAGCCCGCAACACCAACGUCACAACCAACACCGCCAACGUCACAGCCAAAUCCGCCCACGCCGCAGCCUGCGGCGACACCGACGCAUCCACCGCCCACGCCCGAGCCAGGUAAGGGCGUGUAUAGUCUCCACACUCAAAAAAUUCAACAGUUGGGAGAGUGCAAUUUUUGA